ACAAAUCUGUUCAUUCUUUGAGAAGUUCUCAAACUGUCGAAUUGAAAUUCUACAAAUCGAAAGGUUAAGAUAUUUUUACAGCGUUUGUUCUUUUCUGAAGAGUCUGAGAGACAAAAGGCGUGGUGUGAUGGCAAUUUAAAAAGUGAAAUCGAAGUUAUGGCCUUGCUGCUUUAUCAAGGACAUUUACCGUUUGAAUUCCCGUUACUGACCGCAACAUUUCGCUGUGGUGGAAUACUUGUUUAUUUAUUCGCUUUAAAGAUAUGACUUUAACCUUCUGACUACAAAUGAAGACUGAGAAGUCGCCUUUGACGACGUCGUCACAGUGUGACGUCACUAUCAGUUUGACAUCACUGCAAAGGCAGUUCAUGCCUGCGAUAUAUAAUUUCGAAAAAAGACUUCGUUCACUAUUUCGAUAUAUGUUUAAAAGUCCUAUUUCGAAGUGUCGUACUGCAGAGACAGUUUAACAAAAUGGAGAUGCAAGUUGUCACGAAUACACAGUCUCAGGGGAUACAUAACAUUAGCAAAGAAACCCUGAUUAACUGGCUUCAGGAAACUCUUUGCCCAGAAAUGAAAGACAUUGGUGAACUUGGAAGUGGAACAGACCUUUGUCUUGGAAUGGAAAUCCUUUUCCCGGGAUCACUUUCGCUAAGAAAAGUUCGGAUUGGCGGCCUGACGGAUUAUGAUAAAUAUCACAAUUUCAAGUGUCUUCAGUGCAUUUUCAAUGAACUCGGAAUCAUCAAAAACAUUCCAAUGGAGAAUAUGAUGCGGAUGACUUUCAAGGACAACUUUUAUUUCGGACGAUGGUUCAAGUUAUUUUUUGAAGCUAAUUACGUCGGCCAGCCGUAUAGCAUCUCUAAGCUUCGUUCAAAAUGCCAAGUUCGAAACUUUGUAGACAUAGGAAACAAAAGCAAUCGGAAGCUGGGCAAUAUACACGAUCGAACAAUUGGUCGCCUUAAAUUACCGAUGGCAUUAACAAUGAAGCUGCGAACAGAUAUUACUGGAAGCAGAAAACUCCAAAUGGAAAAACGGAAGCUACAUCAGAGAAUCAUCGAGAAAUAUCACAUGGACUCAAAAUGUCCUUCAUUGUUACUUACCAGACAACCAUCUCGGAACUCUUUGAUAAAACCAUUACUUGACCUAAACCCAUCCGAAAGUUUGAAUAUAAUUGAAGAGAACAUGAAAAAGCCGGUUAGUUCUCGUAGUGCAUCAAAGAGUUAUCAAGCUCUGCCUGGUGCUUCGCCCUUCAAAAAAGAAAGGAAACGCAAUAAAAAAGGUUCUGCUUCAUUAUCAGUUUCGGCAAUAGAAACGCAGAGUCGCUCACCGCAGUGUGAAACAUCAAAGUCACCGACACUGAAGGACGGCACCAGAACGGCACAAACAGGUGACAUGGGUUUGACACCUGCUCAAAAAGAUGAUAGUAUUUUACGCAAAAUACGGGCUCUGACCAGAAGCACAGUUUACCUGACAUCACCUCUGGAUGUUUACCCAGACAGUUCUUCAAGUUUCUUACCCGAACCUUGCUUCACAACUCAUAGAACCGCCAUCUUAACUGGAUCUCUUGCUAUAUCUUUGCUCCACUUUGUCGUCAUUUCAUUCCUCAAUACUACAUUCUUAAAAAAACUUUGAACCAUUUUUUACCAAUAAACACGCACGCACACAUACACACACACACACACACACACACGCACGCACACACACAUAGGCAUGCAGGCACUCACAAACACAUAUACACACACAUACAUGCACACACGCAUACACAUACAUAGCCACACACAUAUAUAUCCACAUUCGUGUUACGGGAAAAUUCCGUAAAACAAUUUCUGUAGCGUGAGAUCCAAGGACCACUGAACAUGGCGCUUCACGGAAAACAGGUUUUACGUUACGGCAAGAUUUUUCAGGAACUCUGAGUUUGCUCAGGCGAGAGAGACGCAUGAGUAUUUGUGCGUAUUUACGUAAUACCGCAAACACGUAUCCAUAAAUAUAUUGUUAGGCAUGUUGCAGGUAAUUCUACAAUCCCUUUGGAAAGGUUCCAUUAUGGCGACGACAGAUGCCAUGAUUGUUUCUGGAAUCCCCACGGUACAGUGAACAAGGAAGUCUUUACAUUUCGAAGAACCUCAAAUAAACUGAAAUGUUUAACAAGAUAAAUUAACCGACAUUAUUGGUGACUUUUAUUAGCUUUUGGUGUUCAGUCUUAGGUCAGCGCUGAUACAGCCAAUCCAGCUGUGACCAUCCCGUUUUUUUUUUGUUUCGUUUACAGAUUUUGACUAUAAUGUCGAGUGUGAAUUAUUUCAUAGUCGUUGUAAUUUAGCUCCAUCCGUGACCAUCCCAUCUUUUUUCUCUGUGCCGCAAACCCAAGAUCACAUUGUUACUGCUGCUGCUGCCGCCGCUGUUGAUGUUGUCGACGAUUAAAAAAUAAAUUUCCCUCUCCUUUUCCAUAA